UGGCUGCAUGUGCUGCGCUGUGUUUCCAAAUGGCAGACCGAAUCAUUCAUUUCUACGCCAGGCCAGUCAGCGUCAACAUCAAGGUCGGUUACAAUGACACACUGAUAUAUCCCGCAGUGGCCAUCUGCAACUCCAACAGCUUCAGAUUAACUAUGGCAACAGAGAUGGGACUUUACGAACGCCUUGACAAUUUCUACAAUAAACCAGAGGGCCAGAGGGGUGGUGAUACGGCCUUAGAUAAUGAAGACCUUGAGAGUAUCAUCCCCAAACUCGCCCACCAGCGGGAGGAUUUGAUUAGAGAAUGUUGGUGGGGCGCAGAAAAAUGCACCAUACAAGAUUUCAAACCGUUGAUUUCCGACUAUGGGAUGUGUUAUGUGUUCAAUACUGACCCAUCCGAAGACUUGAUGCGCAAGGCGCAAAGCACAGGUACAUCCCACGGCCUCAACCUUCUCCUUAACACUGAACAGUAUGAGACGAUGGCAGGACCAAACUCAGCCAGGGGAGUUCGUUUACUCAUUUACGACCAAAUGGAGGUGGAGCGGGUAGCAGACCUUGGAGUCAAUAUACCUGUAUUCGCAGAGGCCCAAGUUGGUCUGCAGUUUUCCAGGAUUCACAGUCUUCGUGCUCCGUAUGGCACAUGUGGUAAAUCGCCUCUGAAGUGGCACAAAUAUUACACCCUGAGCACUUGUCAGAGGGAGGUGUUGAUGACUGAACUUAUGAAGAGGUGCAAGUGCGUUCCGGUCGAGAUGGCUGUGGGUGAUCUACCAGUGUGCCCCCUAUCAAAGUACGAUUCAUGCUAUUUGCCAGCAACAUCAGUAAUCGACGACGACUGCCACCACCCUUGUAUGGAAACCAUGUUCACUACAGAUGUCUCCACGACUGGUUUCUCCGAAUCUGUCACAACCAUCAUGGCGAAUGAGGCGGCAAAGGACAAGACACUAACUGAGAAGUACAGAAAGGCGAAGCUCACAAAUGAGAAGGUUCAUCCUUUGAUAGUCACUCGGGACCGAUCCGCUAUCCAAAGACUCAUGUACCUCCACGCUCGUAUGAUUAAUAAAACAGGCACCGGAAUUAGUAGCAUGGAAAACCUGGACGUUUUCGUAGACGUUUUCAGGCCCCGGUUGAAGACAUUUGUCCUACAGACCGAUGAAGCCUCGCGUUUGAAGGUCUCCAACUUCAAAUACGUGAUCAAUCAGGAACUUUUGGGUAGUUAUUUGCAGCCAAAUCUGGUGCGUCUGAGGUUUAAGAUAAAGGGCCUCUGGGAACGGACACUGAAGUACCUGAAGGAUAUCAUGGACAAAGAACAAGACAGGAAAAAUACCCUGGGGUACCUCGAGUCCUAUUUCAGUGAUGAUAUUAGCAUGGUAUCGACAUGCGUGGACGAAAUCAAGUACACCUCCCUGCCAAUCAUAAAAGGUAACGCAACCGUGGUCGACGGAAAGGAAAUACCUAGGAAGAAGCUUGAAGCAUUCAAGAUCGAAAUUGUGGAGAUAUUCGAAAAGUUCAUCAAGGCUGGUUUGGACAUUUCGUCAGAGAUGAUAUCAUUUCGAUACACUGUAAUGACUAUGUUGAAGAACCCGUACAAUAAGGACGUUUUUAUGAAGGACUUUGAAAAGUUGCAGAACCUCGUGGAUCUUCUCCGCAAACACUUUGAAACUUUUCAAAUGGCUACAACGGGAGCCACUGAAUUGAUUAAAAAGGUGUGCGAUACUCUUUUGUCGUCUGUCACAACGCUUGUAGGAGACGAAGCAUUCAUGGGAAAGGAGUUAGACAACUUAGAAGCUUUGCUGUUAGACUUUAGACGAACGAGGAAAACGUUUAAAUCUGAAGCAAUCGAGGAGAUGUUUAGAAUCGUGACAGAUGGAUUGGCCGAGAUUCUUCCUCAUUGGACGCAGGUGACGAAACUGGAAGCGAUCCGUCUGCUCUCCCCUUCACCGAUGUACUCCUCUGCAACCUAUACAUAUAAAUCCUGCGUCAAUCUCUUAACGCCCAUUAAUAACAAGAUUGUCACGAAGGGGACCGCCAUUGAGGAGAAGAUAGCAACCAUCAGGAAGCAUAUUGAAGAGUUGACGACUGAUACUGACCCCGCGUCAGCUGAGGGCAAACUGAAACAAGAUGCUUUGGCGGGACUGACGGAACUGGACGACAACAUCGGCGGUCUCAGCGGCAUGCUGGACGCCUCUAUCCCGUUCUUGGAUUAUUUCGAACAAUAUCUGGCCGACGUUGUCAAGUUUAACAGCACAUUGGAGAUAGAUGAAGCGUUUGUAAGGGCCAAUUUUGUCGCGCUGAAGAUAUACUACCAGCGCCUGAGCUACACGGAGAUAAAACAAUUCCCUGGUUACGGAGGUUUUGAUAUGAUGAGUGACAUUGGAGGCUCGGCUGGUCUCUUCCUUGGGGCAUCCUUCCUUACCAUUCUCGAGCUGCUCUACCACGCCUUCAGACACCUCAAUGCCAACUCGAGGAAACCAAGCAGCGCGAAAGCGGACAUAGCUGAGACCAACACCAACUCGACACAGGUUUUCACUAUUGUGCAGUGAUGUGAGUACAGAAAGGCAAUAGCUGCGAGCAAAGAUGAGGGUCGCAAAAUCUCCUCCCCGUGGACCGGAAUGCUUCACACCCUGGAAUGUAUGCGCGAUGUUUUUGAGUGUAUAUAUCGCAAGCCAUAUCUGAGGGAUUUCCGGCCACUCAUUUUUGAUAAAGAUGCGAAGCACAUAACGCGCAAAAUGACAUACAUAUUGAAUCAUAGCAUGAAGAAUUACAGCUGUAAAGGAAGGGCCGGCAAUGGUUUUCCAUAAAUUUCACCUGUAUGACCAUAUUUGUUGUUUGGUAUAAGAAGCGAAGCACACAUUGCUCACAAAAUGAUCAUAAAACUUAUUUGAAUCGUAUUGCAUUUCAU